GACUGAUGGUCUACGCGACGUAAAGUAAAAUCAUAUUGAAUAAAGCUUGAAGUUUGUUGUUUUGGUGACAACAUUUCCAUAUUUAUUUAUGAAAAAUUUGCACAGGAUACAAUUCCAGGCACAAGACAGAAUUGUUCUGUGACCCAUCGCCUGGAUGUUUUCAGUCAUCAACAAUCCGAGCGGUGUACGGUAGCCAUCUUUGAUUUGGACAAAGCUUCGAUGUGUACUUCGUCUGUUUAUCAAUAAUUUUACGUGUUUCCCUGUAAAUAGUUUGUAUGCUUAGGAUAUGUACGGAACGUUCGUCCACAUGUGUAAAUAGCUAUGGCUGCGACAAGGAAACUGCAAGGUGAAAUAGACAGGUGUUUAAAAAAGGUGACAGAGGGUGUGGAGACAUUUGAAGACAUCUGGCAGAAAGUACACAAUGCAACAAAUAGUAACCAGAAAGAGAAGUAUGAGGCGGAUCUUAAGAAGGAAAUUAAAAAACUUCAGAGGCUACGAGAUCAGAUAAAAUCAUGGAUAGCUUCUGGAGAGAUAAAGGAUAAGAGUACUCUUUUAGAUUAUAGGAAACUAAUAGAAACUCAAAUGGAGAGGUUCAAGGUGGUGGAAAGAGAAACAAAAACAAAAGCAUAUUCAAAAGAAGGUCUUGGAGCUGCUCAAAAACUUGACCCUGCGCAAAAAGAGAGGGAGGAGAUGUCCUCAUGGCUUAUUUCUUCUAUAGAUGCACUUAAUUUACAAAUUGAUCUCUUUGAAUCGGAAGUGGAGUCACUAUUAGUUGGUAAGAAGAAGCGUUUGGACAAAGAAAAGCAGGACAGAAUGGAGGAGCUUAAAAUGAAACUCGAAAAACAUAGGUUUCAUAUAAAAAAGUUGGAAACACUGCUAAGAAUGUUAGACAAUAUGUCCGUCGAAGUUGGCCAGGACUAUAAAUCCCUGUUACAGAUAAAGAGAAUAAAGGAAGAUGUCGAAUACUAUAUAGGAAUGUCACUUGAAAGAGGCUUAGAGGACAGUGAAUAUAUCUACGAUGACAUUAAGGGACUGGACGAUAUUGAGUUGAGUGGAGUCGGUGUACCAUCAUCAGCAACAACGGAGAGCAAUAAUAGUAAUGAUUCACCCGGCUCUAGGACCAGCAUACUUUCAGGAGCAAGUCCUCUGACGUCACCAGGACUGGAACCACACAAUCACACAUCAGAUUCUGUAGAUAUUGAUAAGAAAAAGAAGGAAGAACAAGUAAAUAAACCGGUGAAACCCCUGGCGUUGCGAGCUGUGUCUAACACGGCGCCCGCGAGUCCACCAACGCUCAACCACUCGGCAACUAAUAAUAGUAUAAACAGUACGGGAGUGUCUGGCACUUCCACGCCGAACAAACAGCUACCUCCGGCCGCUCCCCUAUCACCGCAUCAGCGAGUUCAUAACAACAGCAUAGAGGUGUUGGAUAAUGGUCCGGUCACGAGCACGCCGACACACGCUUCGCUCCAUCUGGCGCCGCACGCGCCCGCCCCUACGUCAAAAAGCGUCUCGUCGACGACGUUGGCGAGCGCGGCCGCCUCGCUCGCGACGCCCGCAGUGACGUCAUCAGGCGUGACGUCACCGCCGCCGUCAUCGCCGCCGCCGCCACACCUCAACGGGCCGCUGCACAAUCCGAUACACAACGCGCACGCGCUUAACAAUGGACGAGUUAGCGAAACACCGAGCACGCCGGCACUGAGCGGAGUGAGCAUGGCGAGCGGCAGCAGUACGGGCAGCGGGCAGUUGACGUCACAGCUGACGUCACCGAUGCCGGCGCUACCAACCAGCGCCGAGCCUCUCACCGCCACCACGGCGUCGCUUAAGAGCAUAGCGCAGGAAGCCGUGCACAGAGCGGGACUCCAAACACAGAACACAAGACGAGGUGUACCACUGUCUCAAGCUCUCAUCCCACCGAUAUUAGGCGUCGCGCCGUUAGGACCCUUACCACUCAAUACGGAUCAUCAAUCGCAGUUCACAAUGAUGGAGGCAGCAUUUUACCAUAUGCCACAUGCAUCAGACUCCGAGAGGAUGAGAGUGUAUCUGCCUAAGAAUAUCUGUCAAACACCUGCCUAUUAUAAUCAGGUGCUGUUACCACACUCCGACACAGUGGAAUUCUUUCAGCGUCUUUCGACAGAGACACUGUUCUUUGUGUUUUACUACAUGGAGGGCACGAAGGCGCAGUAUCUCGCCGCCAAGGCACUAAAAAAGCAGAGUUGGAGGUUUCACACCAAGUACAUGAUGUGGUUCCAGAGGCAUGAGGAACCGAAGGUUAUCAAUGAGGAGUACGAACAGGGCACAUAUAUAUACUUUGAUUAUGAGAAAUGGGGCCAGAGGAAAAAAGAGGGCUUCACAUUUGAGUACAAGUACUUAGAAGACCGCGACUUGAACUGAACACUUAUGUGAGUGAAUGGACCUUGAAUCCCUAUAAGCCAGUGACCAGUGACCGUUGUUUGGUUUGUGAACUAAGUGAUAAAGUGAUUAUGUAACAACGGCAGCAGAGCAGGCCUUCAUCUACUCUUGUCUCCGAGUGUCACAACAAACAACCAAUAUUGCCUUGUACCAAAUCUCCUCGUGUCAUUCCAUUGUGAGUAUUAUAAAUGUUCGCUUAUUCCUGUGAUCUAAAGAGGCGUUAUAAUUUAUUCGAAUUUUUAUGUAUUUAGAAAAUGUAAUGCGCGAUUUUAUUUAUUCCGUUUGUACACGGCUACAUAAUAUCCCGCCCCGUUGUAUCUUUUGUAAAAUAGUUUUCUCUCAUUCUUCUGGCAGUUUGUAUUAUUGUACAGUAGGGACAUUACAAUUUUUUUAAAGUGAGCGAUUGAACGCGUUUUGAGACUCAAUAAGUAUAAUAAGACUUGUGAUAUCGGUUUAGGGCCCUGAGCGCACUUGGAAAUCAUGAUUUUUGUUCUCAACUUUAUUGGACCUGUGCUAUCCAUAUUGGAAACAGCAUUCUUUAUGAUUAUUUAUCAUGCAUUAGAGAAUCUCAUUUUGAAGUUUAAAUUAUAACCACCAAAUGUAUAAUCAAUCUCAUAGGUACAGAAUUAAAGAAUAAUACAUAGAUACAGAUUAAGUUUGAGUAAAAUUAAAAAGUUCUACGGAACAAAGUGCAUUGUGUCCGAUAAAUUUUAUGCUAGUCAUAGAGAUUUCAAUGUGGCACUAUGUUAUCUUUACUAUUGAAUCAGAUUUGAAACAGUAAAUCUUAGAUCUUUUUAAUGUUAUAUUCUUGCCAAAGCUCUGCACAAUACUAUUACUGUAAUUAACCUUAAACUAGGUAAUAAUAUUUAGUCUAAAUCAAAAUGUAUGAAAUAGUAUUGCAUUUAUUAUUUUAAAUUAGUUAAACACCAAUUUAAUAUUAGUAACCAUGGCUACCCUUGAAUGAUGAGAAAGAUGUGCAGGAUACAAUAUUUUAUUAUUAUUUCCAACUUUGAGGAAAUUCACAACAGGCAGCUAAAUCUAAAGCUUCACUUACAUAUUGUGUAAAAGUGGGUUCAUUGUUCCUUUAAAAAAACUUUUCUUAUAUUUUUACCACAAAUAUACCAUCAUACUUAAAUUUUAUAACUAACUAGUGGACCCGACAGACGUUGUUCUGUAUAUAAUAAAUAAGAUAAUGUUUUUUAUUAUUUUGUCAAUAAUAUUUCAUAUCAUCAUGAAUUAUUUCGUUAAAUAUGCACCCUGUUGUUGUAAUGAAAUUGUUUCACAGCAGAACUGUCAAACCGUGCGUCAAUAAAUUCUCUCAUAGAAAAUAUGUCCAUACAAAACAAAUAUCGGACCUUUAUCGAUUUUUAUUUAAUUCCGAACACUUUCAUAUUUAUUAACCUUUUAAACCUUCCCUGGACUUCCACAAAUAAUUCAUGACCAAAAUUAUCCAAAUCGGUCCAGCCGUUCUUGAGUUUUAGCGAGACUAACGAACAGCAAUUCAUUUUUAUAUAUAUAACUAAUAUUUUAAAAACCACACUCCCUUGAAAAACGUAGAAGAAAGGACAGACGGCAGUUUGUUCUUUCGUUUAUUGUAUGAGAACUGUAGUAUGACUUUGUAUGACCACCAUUUAUCCAGAUGGUUAGAAAGUCUGUUUGAGCAUUGCCCAGUAAUAAUAAUGUAAUAGGUUGAGAGUUUUGGAAUGCACCCCUUGAUAGAUGUUGUGGAAGAGUACUUAUCUCCUUGCUAUACCAAAGGAACCAUCUUUAGGUGGUAGAAACAUUCACUGCUAUUUUCAGAUAGUUCUGAUAUACUUAUUUGAUGAGAGAAGAGCAUUUUUUAUCCAUCGCAGUUUCAUGUCAUGGAACAAGAUUCAUUUGGUCUCAUUCUGAGACCUUGGUACUUAUCAAAAUAAUGAGCCCUUCACUACCAGUGUAUAUGUCCAGUACAUCUCCAGUACCACAAUUAUGAUACCAUUUCCCUUUAUUAGUGUCUUAUACUUCAAGGCUCUUACUGUAUUGAAGGAUAUUGCUGCCCCAUCAGAAUUAAUUAUUACAAAACAUCUUCAAUUUGAUAAAAAGCUUGGGGCUUUAUAACACAAACUGUGGUUUCAGUUAUAUAGUCAAAGUUGCAGAAUACCUAACAAAUUGUUUCCUACUAACUUCAAGUUAAAAUCAAAAAGAAAUCAUGUUAAACAAAAAUACCCUAUUGUCAAAUAAGGAAUGAAUGUCAAAUUAUAUUGCCAUUAUAUUUGUGGUACAAAAUUUGUUUAGUUUGUUGGUGUAAAUAUUGUCACAAAUAAAUGUACCAUACCUGGUUGGAUGAGUCAGUAACUGUACCCUAUAACAGAUGUGCCAGUUCAGAACUUGGUACAGUUAGGAGCCUGAUUGAGGAAAAUACCAUCCAUUUUAAUUGAAAUGUGAUCCAACUAAAUAUGAUUUUGUAAUUGAUAAAUCUUUUUAAAACAAACUAAAACUUGACAAAAGCUGAGGUGUUCCAAUUACACUGGACAAUGUUUAAAUUCUUAGGUGAUAAUCACCAAAACAAAAAUAAUAAAUUUUCAAAGAUUAAAAAAAUUCAUAGAAUAAAUUAGACCCACACAACUCUCAAAAUCAACAAUGUGCUUGCUUGCCUGCUGGUUGCAGUAAGUGAUGUUUUGUCCACACUUAUAAUUGAAAUGGUCACCACAAUUCAGCCAACAUCACAUUUCAUUAGACCACCAAGCUUAGAGUAUGUUAUUUGAUCAGAUAUAUUUUAAAUUUCAUAUUUGCAAUUAUAUUCUUUUUGUCACCUCUCAUAACAUUCUGCUGGGGCAGAACGAUAAUAGAGAUAUUAUAUUAUGUACUUAUGUAUAUAUAACAAAUUGAAUUCAAUAGUAAUUUAACAUUUUGAUGAAUGUUAUCUAAGAGCGCUUCGGGCAUUUGUUUAUAAAGUUUAUAUAGAGACUGGUUUAGUAUGAAGUUCUUGAUAUGUUCAUUUAAUUUACCACAAAGUAUAUAACCCACAUUAACAUGAAGUUGAGAUGCAAUGUGGCUGUGUUGAAGCGAUCAGAAUAAGCGAUUGUGUACUUAAUGCAUAAAAUUGUUAUUUAACCUUUUGCAUAUUGCUGAAGUUGUAAGAUGUGUGUUGUUUAUAAUUGACGUUAAAUUGGUUUGGCCUGAAUGUGCUUGUGCAAAGUGCCUCAAUGUAAUCAAGAUCAUUUAAGAUAGAUAAAGCAGCCUUGUUGUAUUUGUAAUGUUCAAUUAAUAUACCUCUGUAUCUGUAAAAGGCGUAAGACAAGUGUCUUCCGUUUUUAAUAUUAGCUAAUUUACAUAAAGUAUGUGUAUACAAUUGAGCGUAUCUGUUGUGGUAUUUUUAAAUGGACAUUAUAGCUAAGAUUUGAAUAUGUUUUCAUGUACUUUUUCACCUUUCUGUAUGGAAGAGAAUAAUUAAAAAUAGGCAUGUCUUGUGCAUUUAAAUUGUGAAGUUUUUACAUCACUGCCACUGUAUUGGUAAUAAUUAUAAAAAAGUAUUAAUUUUUAAAUUUAACUUAAGUACUUAUCCUUUUAAGGUGAAAAUGUAUGUCAAAUUUUAUCAAAUAAGCAAAAUAGAGCUGCCAGAUUUUUUUUGCAUCGGUAAUCAACAAAGUUGGUUACCAUUGCUCACAGUAUGUAUGGCCAUUGUAUGGCGAACAGAUUAAAUUAAGUGUUAAAAUGGCAAUAGUUCAGCUCAAAAAUGGUGAUUGGUCAGCGAUGGAAGGUGGCCUGGCUUGUUAGGGGUGGGGUCACUGUGAUGGUGGUACUGUAGUUAAGCGUAUGUAAGUGAAACAGGCGUUGUCGUACGCCGAUGAAAGUCGUUAGAUUUCAUUUUGUAAAAAGUCUAUCGUGAGAAUUGAAAUGUGGUAAAUAAUUUAAUAAAAUUGCUGUACAGUUCUAUUUGUAUAGAAAUAUUAAAUAAUGAUUAAAUAAAUUAAAACAA